UAAUUGUUAAAAAAAUUGAAGUUACUCGAUCAGAAAACAUUAAAAUAUUACACGCCAGACUUGGGAAAAAUAUAAUAACUAUAGGAUCGUUUAAUAAGGAUACUAAAGUAAAGGAUAUCCAAUUUAAGUUGAUUUAAACGCGUUUAAUUGUGCAUAAAAUCAUCUUUUGCCCCAUCUUUCCCUUUUUCCUCAGUUUUGCUCAGUUUCAUUUUGGAUUUUUCAUUAAUAAAAGCCUAGAGCCGAUAACUUAAUAGUUAUUAAUACUAUAUUAAAUCAAAAAGUUACAAUAGAAGUGCUUUAAUAUUGGCAAGCGUCAAAAGUUGCAUUGAAUUGUGUCAAAUAGGCGAUUUUGAGUGAAAAGUGAAGAAUUUUUUUUUCUUUUUCAAGGAAAACAAAUUUGCGAAAAUCAAAAGUUUGAGAGCUGUUUUUAUGCUUAGAUUAUGUCAGAUUUCUUCAUUAGCAUUCAUACAUAGCCAUGGCAGCCACAAGAAAACUACAAGGUGAAAUUGAUCGUUGUCUAAAAAAGGUGACGGAAGGUGUCGAGACAUUUGAAGAUAUCUGGCAGAAAGUGCAUAAUGCCACAAACAGUAAUCAGAAGGAGAAAUAUGAAGCUGACCUCAAAAAAGAAAUUAAGAAGCUGCAGAGGCUUCGAGAUCAAAUUAAAUCAUGGAUUGCAUCGGGCGAGAUUAAGGAUAAAACAUCGCUUCUGGAUAACAGACGACUUAUAGAAACGCAAAUGGAGAGGUUUAAAGUGGUGGAGAGGGAGACAAAAACAAAAGCAUACUCGAAAGAAGGUCUUGGAGCAGCACAGAAACUUGAUCCAGCACAGCGAGAGAAAGAGUCUGUAUGUUGUUGGCUACAAAAUUCCAUUAGUUCCCUACAAAUUCAAACUGAUCAGUACGAGAGUGAGAUUGAGUCGCUGCUAGCGAACAAAAAGAAGCGGCUGGAUAAGGAAAAACAAGACAAAAUGGAUGAUCUGAAGUCGAAGCUUGAUCGUCAUAAAUUUCACAUAACAAAGCUCGAAACGCUGUUAAGAAUGCUCGAUAAUGACAGCGUAGAUGUCGAGCAGAUAAGAAAAAUUCGUGACGAUGUGGAAUAUUAUAUCGACUCAUCACAAGAGCCCGAUUUUGAGGAGAAUGAAUUCAUUUAUGAUGACAUCGAGGGACUCGACGAAGUGGAAUUGAGCGAUCUUGUUGCAGGCACGACUGAGAGUAACAACAGCAAUGAAACAGGUGAUUCUCCAACAAGUUCCGCGUCAACUAGUCCGAUCAAUUCGCCAGUCCUUAACUGUAGUGCUCCAACAACAACAUCAUCAACAACAAAUACCACCAGUAAACAACAUAAUCAUAGCAGUGGAUCAACAUCAGUGGAUUAUACGGAUCUUAAAAAGAAUAAAGUGUCUGAGAAUUCAAUCACAAAGCUUACAAUGGUGUUGCAGCCAGUGAAACCGACAGCCGUGAAACCGAAAAUUGAAAACAAUAAUUUAUUGCUACCAACAACAACGUCGCUCAACAAUAAUAACAAUACGUCCACUGCUUCUUCCGUUGCUGCCUCGAUAAAUCCAAGCACUAAGCCAUUGAUUACUUCAACGCCAAGUAAGAAUCAACAGUCAGCUGCCCAGAUAUUGGCUAACAAUACAAACAACAAUAGCAUUCAAUCACCGUCGACAAUUCUACCAACUCCUAUCGCAUUUUCUGCCGUUGCAAAGCAGAAUCCAGUUGCAACGCUAGAGAAUGGCCCAAUGUCUAUGAUUUUAAGUGGACAAAGCAGUGCACCAACAGCGGCACCAACGUUAGUGAAUAAUGUAUCAUCAGCGUCAAGCAUUCAGUUACAGCACGCUUCAGGUGUACACAAUAGUACUAAUAAUAGCAGUAAUGUGAUGUCAAAUAAUGCGGCAAUUGAGAAUCAUAUGAACAAUAAUAGCAGUUCAUUAAGUAAUUGUGUAUCGCCUACGAGUCAGUCGGUGGCAUUGAGUAGCAGUAGGACAUCUCCAACGAGUCUCUUGUCUCCACAACAACAACAACAACAACAGCAGCAGCAGCAAGUCCUAAAUGGACCUUCUUCACAGAAACAAGCGCCAGUAACGUCGCAAGCGAAUACAGUAUCGCAUUCAUCAACAGAUCCAUCCAAUGAGUCUACGUCUACAUUAAAGACAAUUGCACAAGAAGUUGUGAAUAGAACGAUUAAUAUGAAUUUAGUGCCCACACCGCCUAUUCAGAAUCAGAAUCAAAAUCAAAAUCAGCAGCAGCAGCAACAACCACCACAACAACAGCAACAACAAUCUUAUGUUAUGGACGGAACGUCAAUUGAUCCAUCGUCAACUGCCAAUAUCAAUAGUUUGAUAAGUGCAACAAGUUCAACGGUAACCACAAAAACUACUGGAACAAAUGAAGCUUUAAUUCCACCACUUUUAGGUGUUGCGCCUCUCGGUCCCUCACCGCUACAAAAAGAUCAUCAACAGCAGUUCCAAAUGAUGGAAGCAGCUUAUUAUCAUUUACCAUCAGCGAGUGAUUCCGAACGACUUAAACCUUAUCUUCAAAGGCAACCAGUUGCAACUCCACCACACUAUCCACAACUUCUAUCCUUACAGACUCAACUUCCACAUUCGGAUACAAUAGACUUUUUUCAACGUCUUGCUACAGAAACUCUUUUCUUUGUGUUUUACUAUAUGGAAGGAACGAAAGCUCAAUAUCUAGCGGCUAAAGCUCUCAAAAAACAAAGCUGGAGAUUUCAUACAAAAUACAUGAUGUGGUUCCAACGACAUGAAGAACCGAAAAUCAUUAAUGAAGAAUUUGAGCAGGGCACCUACAUAUAUUUUGAUUACGAGAAGUGGGGUCAACGAAAAAAGGAAGGAUUUACAUUUGAGUAUAAGUACUUAGAAGACAAAGACCUGAAUUGAUUCAAAUCGAUGCAAAUUUUUGUAGUCAUAAUGUAAAAAAUCAACAUUAAAAUAAUAAUAAUAAUAAUAAUAUGAAAAACAAAAAUUGAAGAUGAAAAAGUGAAAAGAAGGUUUAUUACCCACAAGAGAAAUUUUUUUUUGUCAUUACAUCAAUAUGAUUUUUUGCUAAAUGCAAGGAAACUUUAUAGAAAAAGAUUAAGUCUCAUUGAGACGUGAACAUUUUUUAAAUAGAAAAACAACAAAAGGAAACUUAAUGAAAGAAGAUUCAGGCAAUGGAAAGGUUUUUUUCAAUUACGCUGCAAUUUUAAUUGUAUAUUUCUUUUCUGUUCAAUAAUUACGUAAAAACUUCAUUAAACACAUACAUUUUAUUUUAUACUAUUAGUAAAAAGUCGUUUUGCAACAAAAGAUUAUAGAAAAAGAUUUGAAAAUGCUUAAUUUUUUAUUUCCCUCCAAGAAAAAAAGAUUUUUUUAAAAAAUGUCUCCAUUUAUAUGCUUAAAUAUAUCUUUAGAGAGAUUUGAAGGUCUGGUUAAACCUCCUGUGCACUUUUAAGCUCAAUUUCAAACAAAAAUUUGAUUUAUUUAUGCAUUAAAAUUUGAUAAUGUCGAUUAAAAAGAUUAUUGAAUAUAUAAAUUAAUAGUAAAAUGCGGACUAAGCUAGGUAAGGAAAUAAUUUCCGGUACACUCUCCUUUUUAAACGAAAUUAAAGCGCUGAUUCUGACUGUGUUGAAAUGGAAUGUCCUGAAUUUUUUUGACUGAAAUGAUUUGAAUCGUGCGAUUAAAUUUAAAUCCUGGAUUUAAAUUAAACCUUUCGUUUUAAAUCUGCAAGUUUUUAAAACAAUUUGAAGUUUUGAAAUUUUUCAAGGACCUGCAUAUCCACUCAUUAUAAAUCAGGGCGUGCUGAUAAAGUCACACUUCAUCACAAAAUGAAAGAAAUAUAUGAGAAGAAAUUUAAAGUGAAUUUAAUUGAGAAAAACAAAAAUAAUUAUGGCGGUAACUAUAAAAAAGAUGUUUUUUUAAUUUGAAUAUAAAACUUUUCUAAAGAGAAAAUGAUAAAACCUAAAUAUUAAAGGAUGCAGACGAAAAAAUUGAGAAAAAUUUGUUAGACGAUGCUGUUGAAUGCAUGUUUUCAAUUCGCUUAGACCUUUUUUUGAGAUGAUACAAAAAAUUAUGCAUACAUACAAUUUUAUUUCAUUACACCUUUAACGAUGCCGUUCGAUGAUGCAAAAUGAUGGAAACAACUUGUUAAAAUGCGUGUGAAACGGAAUGUCGUCAUGUAAUGAUGAUCGACCGACUACACGUGCAUUUAUUUUUAUUUUUGUCAUUUUCUCCUCCCUUAUUUCCUUCCUCAUCAUCAUCAGAGCAUCAAAUUCAAAGAAAUUUGCAUUAAAUGAAUCGAAAAAUCAACAUAAGAAUGAGUUUGUAAAGAAAGCAAAGCUAUGAUCAAUUUGAGACAACAACUAAAUAAUAUUGAGAUCCAAAAAAAAAGAAAAACUAAGUAAAACUCACGAUGGAAAUUUUUACAUGUGAUCCACUGAUAAUUAGUAUUAUUGUAAAAAAAAAAAUGGGCUGCAGACACAACUUCAUACAACUUUUUCUUUUCUGAACAGAUGCAAAAAAACAUACAUGAAGAUCCAUGAAAUUGUCUUAAUGAAUGAAUGAAAAGGAAGAUGAAGAUAAACUGAUCAUGAAUCAUUAAAAAAUUGAUAAGAAUUAAUAAUAAAAAAA